CGGCAUUUUGUUCUGCGAGAGAGAGAGAGAGAGUCUGUGUGGAUUCUUUUAUGAGCGCCCAGGAGCCUUUCGGCACCGAAUCCUUUCUGCCAUCGUCCGGAGUAAAGUGCGAGCUUCCGCGGGCGCCUACGAGAGGAAUGACCGCCGCCCGUCCGUAUUCAUGUUCGCAGUGAGAGGAAGCGGUGCGACCCGGAUUAUUGUUGUGAGAGGGACACAGCGAGCCCGAACCCCUCCACCUUCACCUUUCAACAACAGAGCCUCAGCAAAAGAUGUAAAGGUGGAUCAGUGAGCAGCGACACUGAGCGACCUGUGCAUCCACGCGAGCUCCCUGCCCUUCUUCAGCAUGAAUGGGGAUAUGCCUCAUGUUCCUAUCACCACUCUCGCUGGGAUCGCAAGCCUCACUGACCUGUUAAAUCAGCUGCCUCUCCCUUCCCCUCUACCUGCCACCACCACUAAGAGCCUGCUGUAUAAUGGGAGGAUCGCCGAGGAGGUCAGCUGUCUGCUGUCCCGGCGGGACGACACUCUUGUGUCCCAGCUGGCCCACAGCCUCAACCAGGUGUCCACCGAGCACAUAGAGCUGAAGGACAACUUAGGCAGUGAUGACCCGGAAGGAGAUGUGCCUCUACUGCUACAGACGGUGCUGUCCAGGAACCCCAAUGUCUUCAGGGAGAAAAGUACGCCCACCCGAUACGGGGUUCAGGGCGGUUUAAUGCAACAGCCAAUGAUACCACCGUACAAGAUGCCUCAGAAUUCAAUGCAUGGAAGUCCGGCGUCAAACUACCAGCAAACCACUAUAACUCCGAGCCCUCCCAGCCGAUAUGUUCAACCUCAGGCGGGUUCUGGUACCAGGUACAUGCCCCAGCAGAACAGCCCAGUGCCCAGUCCAUAUGCGCCACAGAGCCCGCCAGGAUACAUGCAGUACAGCCACCCACCCAGCUACCCUCAGCACCAACAGAUCCAGCAAGUAUCCGUAUCCAGUCCAAUAGUUCCUGGUGGCAUGAGAAACAUCCAUGACAACAAGGUCUCCUGUCAAGUGUCGGGUAACUCUAACCAUAAUGCGAGGCAUUGCUCCAACGAUGAGUACAUCAGCAUCGUCCAGAGACUUGGAAAUGAUGAGAGUGACCCCGCUAUGAGAAAUGCCUCCUUUCCUGUACGCUCCGUCUGCUCCCCUGCUGGAAGUGAAGGAACUCCGAAAGUUGGAUCUCGGCCGCCCUUGAUUCUUCAGUCUCCUCCACCCUAUACCUCCCCUAGAGAUGCUGCUCCUGACCUCCUGUUGGACUCUCCUGAACGGAAAAAGAAGCAGAAAAAGUUAAUAAAAGAGGAGGGGGGUAAAGGUGCCAUGUAUGACAUUGUCAGCUCACCCACUAAAGACUCCACAAAGCUAACAAUAAAGUUGUCUCGAGUGAAGUCUUCAGAGACUGAGCAGUCAGCUGAGCCGUUGUCGGCAGUAGACCAUGGCUCAGAUGCUGAGAAUGAACUAUCGUGCAAUAGCUUACCAUACCACCGGAACCCCCAGGAACGGCUCUCCGCAGGACAGUGUAUUUCGGGUGAGCAGUCGGCCUACCAGCAGGUUCCUGUACUACAGAACACUGGGGCACUUGCAGCCAAGCAACCCGGGGUAGUUAGCGGAACCCCCUACGACGAGGCAGAGUUGGACGCUCUUGCUGAGAUCGAAAGGAUUGAGAGGGAAUCCGCUAUAGAACGAGAACGCUGCUCUAAGGAAGUUCAAGAUAAAGACAAACCUCUGAAGAAGAGAAAGCAAGAUUCGUACCCUCAGGAACCAGGAGCUGCGGGCACUGCGGGUGCUUCUGGAACACCUGGCGUGGGUGGCGGAUGCAAUGCUGGGAACAAACUGGUACCUCAAGAGGCUUGUGCUGCUAGUAACGGAGCCAGUCGGCCAGCCUUGAUGGUCAGUAUAGACCUGCAGCAGGCAGGCAGGGUAGAAGGGCCAGUGGACUCCUGUCCUGUCCCUGCAGCAGAGGCCCAGCGCUGGCCAGAAGAUGGUUCUGAGUCCACCGGGGUCUUGCGACUUAAAUCAAAGACAGAUGGAGAAGUGCAGAGGACGGUAGAUGGUCGUCCAGAAGUCAUCAAGCAACGGGUGGAAACAACGUCUCAGAAAACAGCUUCCGAUGGACGACCAGAGACUCCUAAACACAAGCAUGAGAACCGCCGGGAGAUCUCCAACAAAGUGAGUUCAGAAAAGAGAUCGGAUCUCUCCAAGCACAGACAUGACGGUAAACCUGACAAAGUGAGGCCUGAGGGAAAAGGUCAUGAAACUUCCAGAAAGCAGGAAGGACGGUCGGAGUCAACUCGGGAGAGCAAAGAGGAGAGGCAAAAAGAACGGGACAGUGAAGGCUCCAAAGUCCGACGACCAGACACAUCUAAGUCCAGUCGGGUAGAGCACAACAGGGAUGUAGAUCGGGACCAGGAACGGGAAAAAGAAGGGGAAAGUCGAGACAAAGAGCGAGAGAAAGAUCGAGACAAGGUGCGGGACAAGGAGCAGGAGAAAGAUCGGGACAAGAUGCGGGACAAGGACCAGGAGAAAGAUCGGGAGAAAGAUCGGGACAAAGAUCGGGACAAGGUCCGGGAGAAGGAUAGGGACAAGCUACGGGAGAAAGAUCGGGACAAGGUGAGGGAAAAAGAUCGGGACAAGGAGCGGGUUAAAAAUCGGGACAAGGAGCGGGUUAAAGACCGGGACAAGGAGCGGGUUAAAGACCGGGACAAGGAGCGGGAGAAAGACCGGGACAAGGAGCGGGAGAAAGACCGGGACAAGGAGCGGGAGAAAGACCGGGACAAGGAGCGGGAGAAAGACCGGGACAAGGAGCGGGAGAAAGACCGGGACAAGGAUCGGGAGAAAGACCGGGACAAGGAGCGGGAGAAAGACCGGGACAAGGAGCGGGUAAAAGACCGGGACAAGGAGCGGGUAAAAGAUCGGGACAAGGAGCGAGAGAAGGAUCAGGACAAGGAGCAGGAGAGGGUCCGGGACAAAGAUCGGGACAGAGAUCGAGACCGAGACCAAGAAAAGAAACGACACGCAGAAUCAACAGAGUCCCGGGACAAGCGGUCUCCUGAGCAGCGCUCACGUCCUGACAGUCCUCGGGUGAAGCAGGAAUCCCGUAGUGGAGCAGAAUCCAAAACAAAAGCUGAACGGUCAGUCCACAAAACUUCCAACAACAAAGAUGAGAAACGGAGUGGAGACAAGAACCGACUCGAUGGACACAAGCCUCCAUCCUCGGACAGUAAAGCAGCAGAGUUUCCCAACUACCUACUGGGGGGCAAAUCGGGUGCAUUAAAGAACUUUGUCAUUCCCAAGUUGAAGCGGGACAAAGAUGGUAACGUGAUGCAGGAAAUGCGACGAGAGCUGUUUGCCGAGCCACUUGUGAAAUUAGAAAAACUGGACCUGGUGGAGGACCUCAAUAAAGGUGCCAAACCUGUUGUUGUUCUGAAGAAGCUUUCCAUUGAUGAAGUCCAUAAGUUGAUUAGUAAUUCACGCAAGUCAAGCAAGAGCAGGUCGUCUUAUGGAAAAUCACAUGGAGAGACUGAUUCCCGUAUGCCACUGUGUGAGAGGGUGAAAAUGAAUAAACGCAGACGCAGCUCCACUAAUGAGAAGCCCAAGUAUGCUGAAGUCAGCUCAGAUGAUGACAAUAGCUCUGUAGAAUUGCCCCCAAAGCGUUCAAAAAAGGACAGAGACAAAGCAUGGGAAUAUGAAGAAAAGGAAAGGAGGGGUUCUGGAGAUCACCGGCGAAGUGGAGGUCACUCUGACAGCCGGAGAGGUUCAGGCAGUCGAUACAGAGAUCGCAGUCCCGUGGACUCGGAUGAAGAUUCGCCCCCUCCCAGCCUCAGUGAUCUUGCCAGAAAGUUGAAGAAGAAGGAAAAGCAGAAAAAGAGGAAAGCCUACGAGCCCAAACUGACUGAAGAUGAAAUGAUGGACUCCUCCACGUUCAAGAGAUUUUCCACCAGUGUUGACAAUAUUCUUGAAAACCUUGAAGAUGUGGACUUGACAUCGUUAGAUGAUGACGAGAUUCCUCAGGAGCUGCUCCUUGGCAAACACCAGCUCUCGGAGUUAAGCAGUGAAUCAGCCAAAAUAAAGGCUAUGGGCAUCAUGCAUAAGAUUCCAUCUGAUAAGAUGGUGAAAGUCCAGAGUAUUUUGGAAAAGAACAUUCAGGAUGGUUCAAAGCUCUCCACCCUCAUGAAUCACGACAACGACAGGGACGAUGAGGAGCGUUUGUGGCGUGACCUCAUCAUGGAACGUGUCACCAAAUCUGCUGAUGCUUGUCUGACGGCUCUUAACAUCAUGACCUCAGCACGAAUGCCGAAGGCCGUUUACAUUGAGGAUGUUAUCGAGAGGGUCGUGCAGUACACUAAGUUCCAUCUACAGAACACGCUGUACCCGCAGUACGACCCCGUCUACAGGGUGGACCCUCAUGGUGGUGGAACGCUAAGCUCAAAAGCCAAGCGAGCAAAGUGCUCAACGCACAAGCAGAAAGUUACUGUCAUGCUCUACAACAAAGUUUGUGACAUUAUCAGUAACCUGUCUGAACUCUUGGAGAUUCAGCUGUUGACUGACACGACCAUCCUUCAGAUCUCGUCUCUAGGUAUCACUCCUUUCUUUGUUGAGAAUGUGAGCGAGUUGCAGCUUUGUGCCAUUAAACUAGUGACGGCUGUGUUCUCUAGAUAUGAGAAGCACAGGCAGCUGAUCCUCGAAGAGAUCUUCACAUCUCUUGCCAGACUGCCAACCAGCAAGAGAAACUUGAGAAAUUUCAGACUGAACAGCAGUGACAUGGAUGGGGAGCCCAUGUACAUUCAGAUGGUGACAGCGCUGGUUCUGCAGCUCAUUCAGUGUGUGGUUCAUCUACCUUCUGAUAAAGACUCAGAUGAUGAUAAUGACAGAAAGGUUGAUCAGGAUGUAUUAAUCACAAACUCAUAUGAGACUGCAAUGAGGACAGCACAAAACUUUCUCUCAGUUUUCCUCAAAAAGUGUGGUAGUAAGCAAGGUGAAGAUGACUACAGGCCACUGUUUGAGAACUUUGUUCAGGAUCUGCUGUCUACAGUGAAUAAACCUGAUUGGCCAGCUGCAGAGUUGCUGCUGAGCCUUCUGGGAAGGCUGCUGGUUCACCAGUUCAGUAAUAAGCAGACAGAGAUGGCUUUGAGAGUAGCCUCUUUGGAUUAUCUGGGCACAGUGGCUGCGCGUCUUCGCAAAGAUGCCGUCACCAGCAAAAUGGACCAGCGUUCAAUCAACCGCAUCCUCGGAGAGAACUCAGGUGGUGAUGAGAUUCAGCAGCUGCAGAAAGCUCUGCUGAAUUACCUGGACGAAAACGUAGAAACUGACCCAUCACUAAUGUUUGCACGGAAGUUUUACAUCGCACAGUGGUACAGGGACACUAGCACUGAGACAGAGAAAGCCAUGAAAUCGCAGAGGGAUGACGACUCAUCCGAUGGGCCGCACCAUGCCAGGGACGUCGAGACCACUAGUGAGAUCUUGCAGAAAGCGGAAGCACGCAAGAAGUUCCUCCGGUCUGUUAUCAAGACCUCGGCAUCGAAAUUCAGCUCACUCAGAGUAAACUCGGAUACUGUCGACUAUGAGGACUCGUGUCUAAUUGUGCGGUAUCUGGCCUCCAUGAGGCCGUUUGCACAGAGCUUUGAUAUUUAUCUCACACAGAUUUUGAGAGUUCUUGGUGAAAGUGCCAUCGCGGUGAGAACCAAAGCGAUGAAAUGUCUUUCUGAAGUGGUUGCGGUGGAUCCGAGUAUUCUGGCAAGGUCGGACAUGCAGCGGGGAGUUCAUGGCCGGCUCAUGGAUAAUUCCACCAGUGUGAGAGAAGCUGCUGUAGAGCUGCUGGGGCGCUUCGUAUUGAGUCGACCACAGCUAACGGAACAGUAUUAUGACAUGCUGAUCGAGCGCAUCCUGGACACAGGCAUCAGUGUGAGAAAGAGAGUUAUUAAAAUCCUGCGGGAUAUCUGUCUGGAGCAGCCCACCUUCAACAAGAUCACAGAGAUGUGCGUGAAGAUGAUCAGGAGGGUCAAUGACGAAGAAGGCAUCAAGAAAUUGGUAAAUGAGACAUUUCAAAAGCUGUGGUUCACCCCUACACCUAAUCAUGAUAAAGAGGGCAUGACUCGCAAGAUUCUCAACAUCACAGACGUGGUCGCUGCAUGCAGGGAUUCCGGUUACGACUGGUUCGAGCAGCUCCUUCAGAACCUGCUAAAGUCAGAAGAGGAUGCGUCGUACAAACCGGCCAAGAAGGCUUGUACCCAGCUGGUGGACAGUCUCGUGGAGCAUAUUCUGAAAUAUGAGGAGUCUCUCGCCGACUGUGAGAAUAAGGGGCUGACAUCCAAUCGCCUAGUGGCUUGUAUAACCACACUCUACCUGUUUAGCAAGAUCAGACCACAGCUGAUGGUAAAACAUGCCAUGACUAUGCAGCCAUACCUGACCACGAAGUGUAAUACUCAGAGUGAUUUUAUGGUGAUCUGUAAUGUGGCUAAAAUCCUGGAGCUCGUUGUUCCUUUGAUGGACCAUCCGAGUGAAAGCUUCCUCACCACCAUUGAAGAAGACCUAAUGAAACUUAUCAUCAAAUACGGCAUGACGGUUGUGCAGCACUGCGUAAGUUGUCUCGGUGCGGUCGUCAAUAAGGUCACCCAUAACUACAAGUUUGUGUGGUCUUGUUUCAACCGAUACUACGGAGCACUGAACAAGUUGAAGUUGCAGCAUCAGGAAGACCCAAACAGCACCGUACUGGUCUCUAAUAAACCAGCACUGCUACGUUCACUCUUCACUGUGGGUGCCCUGUGCAGACACUUCGAUUUUGACCAAGAGGAGUUCAAAGGCAGUAAUAAGGUGGUCAUAAAGGACAAAGUGCUGGAGCUGCUGCUAUAUUUCACUAAGAAUGAAGAUGAGGAGGUGCAGACCAAGGCCAUCAUUGGUCUAGGCUUCCUGUUCAUCCAGCACCCAGGGCUAAUGUUUGCUUCAGAAGUGAAGAACCUCUACAACUGCCUCCUGGCUGACAGGAAAACGUCAGUGAAUUUGAAGAUCCAGGUGCUAAAGAAUCUGCAGACAUACCUGCAGGAGGAAGACUCGCGCAUGCAGGAAGCCGACAGGGAGUGGAAGAAGAUGUCUAAGCAGGAGGACCUAAAGGAGAUGGGUGACAUUUCAUCUGGCAUGAGCAGUUCUAUCAUGCAGCUCUACCUCAAGCAGGUGCUGGAGAGCUUUUUCCACACGCAAUCCAGCGUACGGCACUAUGCCCUCAAUGUAAUCGCCCUGACACUCAGCCAAGGCCUCAUUCAUCCCGUACAGUGCGUUCCGUAUCUUAUCGCAAUGGGAACCGACUCAGAACCCACAAUGAGGAAUAAAGCUGAUCAACAGCUGGUGGAGAUUGAUAAGAAAUACACGGGAUUCAUUCACAUGAAGGCUGUGGCAGGGAUGAAGAUGUCCUAUCAGGUGCAGCAAGCCAUCGUGGAUUCAAAGGACACUGUAGUCAGGGGUUUCCGACAGGAUGAGACAAACACUGCUCUUUGUUCACACCUCUACACCAUGGUGCGUGGAAACAGGCAACACCGCAGGGCUUUCCUCAUCUCGCUGCUCAACCUGUUUGACGACAAUGCGAAGUCAGACGUGAACAUGCUGCUGUAUGUCGCGGACAAUCUCGCCUGCUUCCCAUUUCAGAGUCAGGAAGAGCCACUGUUCAUUAUGCACCAUGUAGACAUCACACUAUCGGUGUCCGGCAGCAACCUGCUGCAGUCCUUCAAAGAGUCUUUGCUAAAAGAGCCUAGACAACGGGAAAAGAAGAAAAAACGAGGGAAAAAAUAUGGCUCAGAGGAAGAGGAUGAGAGUAGCAGGGGAAGCAGCAGUGAUAGCGAUAGCAGCGAUGAUGUCAUCCGUCGACGCAAGAAACCCAGACGAUCCGCUGCGGUGAACUCCGACUCAGAUUCAGACCUCGACUUAGAGGAUGUAGACAAGGUCAUGUUGCGUCUGCCCGACAACCCCGAGCCCUUAUUGGACUUUGCCAACGCCUCUCAGGGCAUCCUGCUGCUCCUGAUGCUCAAGCAGCACCUUAAGAACCUCUACGGCUUCUCUGACAGUAAAAUCCAGAAGUACUCGCCUACGGAAUCUGCAAAGGUCUAUGAUAAGGCUGUAAACAGGAAGGCCAAUGUGCAUUUCAACCCACGGCAGACACUGGACUACCUGACAAACAACCUGUCCAAUGGAGAUCUUACUUACGAUGUCAAGAGGAGAGUCGUCAGACAGUAUUUAGAUUUUAAGGUACUGAUGGAGCACUUGGACCCAGAUGAGGAAGAUGAGGAAGGCGAAGCUUCAGCCAGUACCCACGCCAGAAACAAAGCCAUCAGUGCUCUACUAGGAGGCUCCAGCCCCAAGAACAAUGCUGCUGACUCGUACGACGACGACAGUGAUGCAGACGAAAAGGCUCAUGGGUCGUCACGGAGAUCCAGGAGAGGCGGAGACUCCGCAGAGGCAUCAGGUCACAUGAACGAAACGGUAGAAGCCAGGGACGUCAUCGCCAUCUGCUGCCCCAAGUACAAGGACCGGCCGCAGAUCGCGCGUGUUAUUCAGAAGACAAGCACAGGCUACAGCGUUCGCUGGAUGGCCGGAUCGUACUCCGGCACCUGGGCGGAGGCCAAGAAACGCGACGGACGGAAACUGGUGCCUUGGGUGGACACUAUCAAGGAGUCUGACAUUAUUUACAAGAAAAUUGCCUUGACGAGUGCACACAAACUGUCCAACAAAGUAGUGCAGACUUUACGUUCACUGUACGCAGCCAAGGAAGGAACUUCCAGCUAAUUAAAUCUGUAAUAACUCUCGAACUGUUACACCCAACAGACUCUCAGCAGCCAAACUUCAUCAGGAUUUAACGUUUUGUAAACUUAAGUCGGAGAGAAAGGAGUACCACAGACUCGCAGGUUUUAAGGAAUGAGGAUUUUAAAAGCGCGGUCUGUUCGGAAAAGUCGAUGUGAAUCCUGUACAUCUUUUAAGUUAAACGGAAAAGAACGAAAACCGGAGCUCCUUCGCUGUUGUGCAGCAACUUGGUUGUUUGAAUUUUUCCCCCUCCACUGUAUCAUAGUUUAACACAAAAAACAGAAACGAAAAAAUGUUUAUAUCUCUGACGAAAAAAAAAAAUCUGUUUAAAGAAAUAAACCUAAAGUGAAUGUUGGAAAUUAGUCUGUUGAUGUUCUUAAUAAAGUGACCUUGGAGUUUAACCUAGCACCGGAUGGAUUUCUUUAGCUUAGCUCAGUUUCCAGGGAAAUAAACUUUGAAACAUC